CUUCGUUAGCCCUGAAUUAUCGGAGACCACACUCGUACCGACGGACGGUGGUCGAUAUGAUGUCAACGUGGUAGGCAGACUGCGUGUGCCCGUAUACUGGUCUGGAAAACCGACUAAUGUUAUGAGAUGCAGUUGGUUCUACAAAGGCACUACCGAUGCGAGAUAUGUUCCUUAUUCUGAAGCCGUGGCUGAGAAGUUAGAGGAGGAAUACAAGCAUGGUAUCCUGACUGGAGAGUGGCACAGAAGGCUGGUGCUGCCGAGCGGCGAGCUGGUGGUGAUGCACGGACCCUCGGUGAUGGUCCACUUCCUGCAGACCAGCGCCGCUGAUGCCUUCGCCUCUUCACCUCGUCUAUCUCACAGGAAGAGGGUAUAUCGUUCUCCUACAACGAAUUAUAUGAAUGCAAAUCAGAAAUGUAAUGACCAUCUAGUUCUGUUUGUACACGGCGUGGGCCACAACCGGUACGAGAAUAAGAAUCAAACGACGACGCGACCCCGCGUUGUACGGCGCGGUGCGGCCGAGAGCGAGAUAGAAGAUACGGAGCCGGGACACGUGGAUCAUCUUUUAUUGCUGUGUCAUGGCGUCGGGUCAGCAUGUGAUAUGAGGUUUCGACCUGUUGAGGAAGUUGUUGAUGACUUCCGAGCGACCAGUCUCCAGUUAAUUCAGUCCCAUUAUAAGAAUUCUUACGAAAGUGGAGCUGUCAGUCGAAUAGAGGUUCUCCCUAUAUCAUGGCAUUCGACGUUACAUUCCGGAGAGAAUGGCGUUGAUAAAAGAUUAGCUCAGGUCACUCUGGAUAGCAUACCUAGACUUAGGAAUUUCACUAAUGAUACUGUACUAGAUGUGCUCUUCUAUACAAGUCCCGUUUAUUGUCAGACAAUAAUAGACACCGUGUGCAAAGAAUUGAAUCGUAUCUACAGUCUUUUUAAAUCAAGAAACCCAUCUUUUAAUGGAGGAGUGUCAUUGGGAGGUCAUUCUUUGGGCAGUGUCAUACUUUACGAUCUAUUAUGUCAUCAGAAACCAAUGGGUAAUCCGUGUUCUGACAAGAAGCACGUGAGCGGCGCCGCCGGCACCGGCCAGCACACCGUCAGCUAUCCCGCGCUGGACUUCGCUCCCGACGCACUGUACGCGCUCGGCAGCCCUAUUGCAAUAUUCGAGUGUAUCCGAGGAGUAGAGUUACUCGGCUCUGGUUUCUGCUUACCCACUUGCAAGAAAUUCUUUAAUAUCUUCCAUCCGUACGAUCCAAUUGCUUACAGAAUCGAACCACUUAUCGACCCUCAACUUAAAAAUGUGAAGCCAUUUCAAAUUCCACACCACAAAGGAAGGAAGAGAAUGCAUUUAGAACUGAAGGACACGAUGGCGCGUGUGGGCGCGGAUAUAAAACAGAAGUUGAUAGAGUCCAUCAGAAGCACGUGGUCCAGUAUGUGGAAGACGCAGCCGCCCAAUGACAGACAGCUAGAGAAGGUUGUGGAAGAAGAGAUGGAGAAGGAACAACUGGCAGAAGAGAAUAAAGAAGAAACCGUCGAUGAUACUACUGAGGUUACAAAAGAGAUGUUAGGUAAACUAAAUGACGGUUGUCGUGUGGAUUAUGUCCUACAAGAGGCGCCGUUUGAAAUGAUUAACGAAUAUCUCUUCGCUAUGAGCAGCCAUGUUGGUUAUUGGGAGUCCGAGGACACGAUGCUGUUGAUGUUGCGCGAGGUGUACUGCGCGCGCGGCGUGCCGCCCGACAACUGCCUGCCGCAACCCACCAUGACCAUGGAGAGGACACGCAUUGAAAACGUCAACGUAAUUGGAACAGAUUACCCAUCGACCAGUCGAGGCGGAAUUUAAACAGUACUCAAGAAUUCUAUAUUUCUC